AUUAAAAAAAAAGGGUGUAAAGUAGACUUAUUUUAUCAUUUCUUUCUUUCUCUUUCUCUUCCUCUUUCCCUUUAUUUUAAUGCUUCAAAUUCUCCUCUUUUUAUUACUUUGUACAUUCAUUACUUGUAUUCUUGGCUUUGAAUAUAAAUAUGCUUAUGAUGAAUAUAUGAAAGCAUCGACAGUUCAGCGUAAUACAAUUCGUCUUCAAGAAGAAAUGAAUACUAAUGAGCCGUUUUGUCUUGUAUUUGAAGAUCAUUUUGAUAAGUUUAAUUUAAAGAACUGGCAACAUGAAAUAAGUUUAAGUGGAGGAGGAAAUUGGGAAUUUGAAUAUUAUACAAAUAAUAGAUCGAAUAGUUUUGUAAAGGAUGGUAUCUUGUACCUGAAGCCUACUUUGACAGCAGAGAGGAUUGGAGAAGAGGCAGUAAAGAAUGGAGGGGUCAUAAGUCUGUAUGGAGGUGCGCCCUCUGUGGAUUGUACAGAUAAUUCAAAUUACGGAUGUGAAAGGGUCGCGAUGGGUUCCUCUGGAGGUAAUUAUUUGAACCCUAUUCAAUCUGCUAGAAUACGUACCUUACAUUCUGCUUCUAUUCAAUAUGGUAAAGUCGAGGUCAGAGCACGUCUACCGAAGGGGGAUUGGUUAUGGCCGGCUAUUUGGAUGUUACCCACUGAUUCAGCUUAUGGGGGUUGGCCUGCAAGUGGUGAAAUUGAUAUUAUUGAAUCUAGAGGAAAUGAUCGUUACGCCUAUGGCAAUAACUCUGUCGUUUCUUCUGCUUUACAUUGGGGCCCCCAUAGUUAUUUAAACAAAUAUAAUUUAACUACAAAUACUUUAAUGUCGGCUUCAGGUCAAUCAUGGACAGAUGAUUUUCAUCUUUAUGGAUUAGAAUGGACAAAGGAAGGAAUUAGAACCUAUGUAGACAAUACAACUAUAUUACAAGUUGAUUUUAAUGAGACAGCAUGGAGUCGAGGUCAGUUUACAAAUGAUACAAUGAAUCCAUGGACAGAAGGUGAUAUAUCUGCUCCAUUUGAUCAAGAAUUCUACUUGGUACAUAUAUAAAUAUAUAUACACAUAUUAUGUAAUAAUAUAUUCAUCAUCGUGUAGGUUUUAAAUGUAGCUGUAGGUGGAAUAACGGGUUAUUGGCCAGAUGAUGAAAGUAAGCCAUGGACAAAUAAAGAUCCUCAUGCUCCAAAUAAAUUCUAUGAUGCGAAAAACACAUGGUUACCUACUUGGGGUACUGGUAAUGACUGUGCAUUAGCUGUUGAUUGGGUAAAAAUGUGGUCUUUAUGUGAUAAUAAUGAAGAAUAAUCCACAGCAACAG